UUAUGGGCCCGGGUUACGGAAGCCGGGGAGGACUAAGCGCGAGGUCUACCUGCAGGAAGUUGGCAGCGGAAACCGGGAUAGCGGUGGAGAAGAGGUACCUCAGCCCCAUGGCGACUGUGGAAGCAAGUGGCAGCGAUGGGAAAGGGCGAGGAGUCGAGACCUCCGUCACGUAUUACCGAUUGGAGGAGGUGGCGAAACGCAACUGCCCGAAGGAGAUUUGGCUGGUGAUCCACGGGCGAGUCUACGAUGUCACCGGCUUCCUUAACGAGCAUCCUGGCGGAGAAGAGGUUCUGCUGGAACAAGCUGGUGGAGAUGCAACUGAAAGUUUUGAAGAUGUAGGCCACUCCUCUGAUGCCAGAGAAAUGCUCAAACAGUACUAUAUUGGUGAUGUGCAUCCGAAUGACCUUAAACCCGGAAGUGAUGGCAAGGACCCUCCGAAAAAUAAUACGUGCAAAAGAAGUAAGAGACUCCAAAUUGAUCAAAGGCACGUGGGAUCUUGGCUCCCCGACCAGGGAUCGAACCUGCACCCCCUGCAUUGGAAGGCGAAGCCUCAACCACUGGACCACCAGGGAAGUCCCUAAAACUUAUAUCUUUAGAAAAUGUUUUGUAUGUAUUAUAAGAUGCCACUGUAAGACAAUUUAUUGAAAGAAAAAUCUUUGGUUAUUGUGUAACAGAGGUGGUGUGACUUGAUGCUCCUCCAGGAAGGCAAGGAAGGGUUGCCUUGAAUAAGAAUUGGUAUAUAAUUGCUGUAAUCAUUAAGUUGCAUGAUCACAUGGGCCCACACUGGGGUAGAAAAGAAGAACAAAGGAGUAUUGAGGAGCUGGAAAGGGAACAUUCAAGCUAAAACUAAGCCAGAAGAUAACUUGGGUCAAUUAAAAGUGCGUUGGCAGUCCCCAAAAUUGAAAAACAUCUGGCUUAGAAGAAAUGUUAAAGAACGAUAUUCUUAAGUAAAAUUUGUAGGUUUUUUUGAUAUUUUUAGGGUAAAGACCACUGCAAAAGGUAUGUUUUUCUAUUUCAUAUUGGUUGUCUUUUCCUGUUUAUAUCUGGACUUGUUUUUGUUCAGAGCCAGAGGAAAAGAUUUUCAGACUUUGUCUCAACCAUCCAAUACCCAGGGCUUCUUUUGAUCUCCUGCUACUAUCAUGUCACUUUGUAUUAUAAAAACCACUUUUGGGUCCAUUUACUAUUAUUCUGCUGCCUACAUAAACAACCAGGUAGAGCUUGUGUGAGUUUGCAGAGGUUCUUUUCUAAACAAUAAAGUAAUAUAGUAUGUUAGCCGAAUCCAUCAAAAAGGACUUUUGUUUUAAGAAGUAGACAGGAAUUCUCAAAACAGUCUCGACAUUGGUGGGUCCUGAAAACCCCUCUGGAGAGACAGUGGAGCCAGUCCCUGUUGGCCAGCCGGACCUCCUGGGAUGUCUCUGGGGUGUUCGGUUGUUUAUUCCCAAGGAAGGCUCAUUGCUGCCGCUCACCAAACUGUACACAUAAUGGCUGGAGAGCACAAGAGGAGGAGAUGAGGGGAAAUUAGUGCCCCCAAAAUAGGGAUGUUAGUGCUGGGUCCCAAAAUUUCCUGCCCCUGUCUCUCAGGAAUUGGUUUUGGUUUCCAAAUGACUUAACAUUUGUAAAGACAGGAAAGUGGUACAGAUAAAGUUUAUACUGUGUUUAGUUCUAAUUUGACCACUUAAGCAGCAACAAAAAUCCAUUGGAACCUAUAAUUUGAGCCGUAAAGUUCUUUCAGCCGUUGUCACAAAUCCACACGUUGUGAAAUAAGAACAUUGUUGAGUAUAUACUCGGUUCCCAAGUGAAAAAUGCUUUACAGGCCAGAUAUAUCAUUACUUAACGUAGUAUCUCAUGCUUAAAAUCUUAAGUGAUACCUAUCUGAUGAAAUUCCAUUUUAGAAACGCAGAACUUGAAUGUUCAUUACUUCCUUCUCCAGGAGGAAUGGAUUCAGACAUGUCUUGUCUCAACAGGAGAUUGAUCUUUUUUUUUCUUCUUCUUUUUUUAACCAUCUCGUUCUUUUGCCAAAUACCACAGAAGUAAUGGGAAGUUUAGUCACAUUUGAUGGUUGUGCCCUGGAAGAGCUUGGGUUUGGAAUUUGUGGGGGUGAUCUCAAAGGGAGGUUUCAAGAAGUAGAGAGGUAUUUGUCAAGUCACCUACCCUACAUCUAGCAUCCCACUCAUGAAUUUUAGGAGCUGCUUUGUGCCUACACCUAUAUUCUACAUUUGCUAUUUAGGCAAAACAUUAUUAUGAUUAUUUAAUUUCCUUUUGACUUCACCCUCUGAGUGAGUAAUAUUAACAUUCCUUUUGUGUAUUCAGUAAUGAAGUUUGUUUACCUAUUUUAUUUCAGUAUAUUUUGAACAAAGAUCUUUGUCUCUUUCUGCUGGAAUGUGCACACAGUGAAUGUUUGUUAGAACUACGCACAAUAAAGAUACUGUUUUCCUUUU